UGGGACUCUGUUGACCGUGUCGUCAAUUGGCUAAUUUUAAAAGAAAAAUAUUUGAUUGGCUGGUCCAGUGGAAAAACUCCAGGCACCGGGAGCUGUGAGUGGCUGUGGUCACGCGCAACUUGGUCAAACGGGACGCUCCCCAAAUCUUUGGCAGAUUGAAAAAAAAAAAAAAAAAAAAAAAAACUCGGUUUCGAGUCUCGGAUUCUCGGAUCUCGGACGUAGUCGACGUACUCCGACAGUCCGACAGUCCGACCACCUUCGACGGCAGCAACCAAGGGUUUCCUCGUGAAAUAAUGUCACAUCAGACGGGAAUUAAAGCUAAUGACGCAUUGAAGAAGUUGUUUGCGAAAUGCCGCGACGGAAAGAUACGAGUACUAAAAAUUUCGAUAGAGAAUGAGGAACUAACUCCAGCGUCUAGUUUGAAGCCAGUCAACAAAUGGCAAGAUGAUUACGAUAAAAUGAUCAAGCCGCUGAUCGUGGAAAAUCAACCAGCUUAUAUCCUUUAUAGAUUGGAUACAAAGUCACCAGAUUCUGGCUAUGAUUGGUUAUUUAUAUCCUGGUCUCCAGAUACGGCACCAGUGCGGCAGAAAAUGCUUUACGCCUCUACCAAAGCUACGCUAAAGCAGGAAUUUGGUACAUCCUCGAUAAAAGAAGAAUUACAUGGCACUGUCCCAGAAGAUGUUACAUUAGAUGGCUAUCACAAGUAUAAGAGAAACGAUACGGCGCCUGUACCAUUGACAACGGCGGAGGAAGAAUUAGCUGAAUUGAAGAAGACUACUGCGAUUACGGACUAUAGCGUCGAAACGAGACAUCAGACAUUGAGCGGCGUGGCUUUCCCAGUGACGGAUGAAGCCAAGCAAGCCAUUACGGAACUAGGUAAAGGGAUUCACGAAUACAUCCAACUGAAAAUUGAAUUGGAAGAAGAAAAGAUACAUUUAGUCACAGCUUGCGAUAUUUCCUUGGAUAAAUUACCUACUAAAGUUCCAUCUGAUGCUGCUAGAUAUCAUCUUUAUAAUUUCAAACACACUCAUGAAGGAGAUUACACGGAAAGCAUAGUUUUUAUAUAUAGCAUGCCAGGAUAUAGUUGCAGUAUUAAAGAAAGGAUGUUAUAUUCCUCGUGCAAAGCGCCUCUGCUCGACCUAAUCCAGUCUCUAGGAGUAACCGUAACAAAAAAGUUGGAAGUAAAUAGUGGAGAAGAGUUGGCAGAUAUGUUGGAAGAUCCUCCAAGCAUAAAAGACACAGCUGCAAUAACUCCUGCAACUCCGUCAACACCUUGUGCCCCUACUCAAUUCAUACCAGAGAAAAAAUCAAAACAAAAACGGUCUUGUGUCUUAAGCUAAAACUGGCUUAAAGCAUUUGUCUCUUGUCUUGUUAUUAUUGCUUCUUACUAAUUGAAGUGUUUGUGAUGUUUUACCCAUCAAAUAUCUUCCUUCAUGAAUUCCAGAAUUGUGAUAGUAUGAUAUUGACAUAGGAUAUGUCAAUUAAAAUAAAGUAAUGGGUUUCCAGUGUUUCAUGUUAGAGCAAAUUACGAUUAUCUAGUUAUAUAUACAUAUAUAAAUAUAUGUUACAAGUUAAUUUACAAGUAGCAGAAAAUGUAAUGCAUCAUGCAAAAGAAAAUUAAUCUAUGUUGUUUAUCAGCAUUUAGAAUUGAUUUAUCAAAGUGAUACAUACGUCUAAGUAGCAAAACAGAGUAGACCAGAUGGUGUAUUUUUCUAAAUUUUAAAAGCAAAAUUAUCAUUGUGGAAGGCUUUCUGCAAAACGCCAUUAUAUCUAUUAAUAAUAAGUGUGACAUGCCUAUGAUACAGAUAACCCCAUAUAGUUCAUGUUUCACAUAUAUGUAUACUGUAUGAAAUUAUUCAUUUAUGUGAACAAUAGUGCCGAGAUGGAGUUAGACUACUUUGUUUGACAUUGAAAGCUAAGCCUCACUUUUUAAUUUUUAUGUUUAGUAUGAGUACUAUGUCAUUGUGAUAGCAACUGUGUGAAAUGUGCAGUAUCUGUAAUUUACUUAUAUAUACAGAACCUAACACAUUCUAUUCAUAUCUAGAGUUCCUCUUUAUUCCAAUAACUUUAUAUAUAAAUAUAUAUUUUACAUGCAAUAUUCCUAUACCUAAAAUAUAUAUUUUCCUAGAAAAAGUAUGUUUAAAAAUAAAUAUAUAUUAACUGAGCAUACUGAAUUAGUUCCUAGUCUUAUAAAGGUGAUAUGUGUCUUUUUAAGUAUUUUUUGAGUAAAAUUCGGAGGCUUGGCUUUUAAACUCAUUCAAAUGUUUAUAUAUAAUAUAUAGGACUUGAUGAUGUAAUAUUUUUAAUAUUGAUCUGUGGUAACUUGCAUAUACCAUAUGUGAUGAGUAGAGAGUUAGGAAAAAUUCCAUUUGCGCUCUAGGUAGAUAAAUAGAAGGAAAGAGAGAGAAAGACCUAAAAUCAUUUACCUAACUUCUCUAUAUAUUUUCAACAUGAUAAUAACGUAGUAGAAUGAGUGAUAAAUAUGCAAACGCCACAUUAAUGUGGAUAUAUUUUUUUCGCACAUUAUUAUUUCAGCUACAAGAUAGUGUGAUAACACUAGUUAUUUUACAUAUAAAAUUUUAUAUCGUGUUCUAUACUAUUGUAAAUGCUACAAAAUAUUAGAUUCUACAAAUAUGUGUAUGAUGUAAGACUGAGAUCUUGGUGAGUCCUAUCAGCUAUUAAUACAUGUUAAAUAUUACGCUUACAAUAUUACGCUAAACAAAGUCAGUUUAAUCGUCUGUUAUUCUUAUAUUGAAAUCUUGAAAGGCUAUAUUAUUUGGGAUGUAUUAAGAUCGUUAUUUAAUUUAUUAAUUGUAACAAUUUAUUAUUUUAAUAAUAAGAUAUAUAGCUAGAAAAUUUUCUCAAAUUUAAUAUUUAAGUGGACAUGCAAUUUACAGCGGAUAGGACUACAAUUUGACAACCAGCAACAAAAUAUAUGAGAGGCAUUCUAUUUUUUGUGAUCUGUAUUUUUUUAACACUUGUAGCUUUUUAUAAACUUUUUAAAUGUUUUAGUCUAAAAUAUAUAUGCGUGCGGAAAAAUGAUGAAUAAAAACAGCAUGAAUAAAAACAGAUCUACUUGUGCUGUGAAAAUAAUUUGUGAGCCAAAUUCUUGUAUUUUUUUCCUUCCACGUACAGUUAACAUUUUUUAUAUUAGUACGAUU